GUCUCUUGUCAAUGCCAACCAUGAAAGAGAUGGAAAGUAAAAAAGUUGGAGAAGAAAUUUUGGAUCUUCUGAAUGUACCUUCACAUAAGGAACAAUCUACAGUUGAAAAGUUCAAGUCUCAAGGGGGAGCAUUUGUGCAUGAGUUCUGCGAUCAUGGAACAAGAGAAGACUGCAGGAAGAACAAUCCCAGAGGUCAACCUUGUAGGAAGGUUCAUUUUCGAAAAAUUAUUCAGAAGCAUACAGAUGAAUCCCUAGGAGAUUGCUCAUUUCUCAAUACAUGUUUUCAUAUGGAUACUUGCAAGUAUGUUCAUUACAAGGUUGAUUACAGUGAUGUUGAGUUGAAUAAGGAAGAGAAAGAAAAAGACAAGAGAAAAGAAGAAAAGGCAUCUUUAACAAAAACCGCAGAGGAAGAAAACCGAGUGAUACUCUAUCCACCUCAGUGGAUUCAGUGUGACAUGAGGUAUUUUGAUAUGACGGUGCUGGGCAAAUUCUCUGUGGUCAUGGCCGAUCCUCCUUGGGAUAUACACAUGGAGUUACCGUAUGGUACUAUGUCAGACGAGGAAAUGCGCAAGCUAGACGUUCCCUCCCUUCAAGACGAAGGAUACAUAUUCCUUUGGGUGACUGGUCGUGCGAUGGAACUUGGUCGAGAAUGUUUAAAGCUUUGGGGUUAUGCGGGCUGCGACGAGUUAAUCUGGGUGAAAACAAACCAGCUACAGCGCCUGAUUAGAACGGGAAGAACUGGGCACUGGCUUAAUCACGGGAAAGAGCACUGUUUGGUUGGCGUGAAGGGAGAGUGUAAAAACUUUAACAGAGGUUUGGACUGUGAUGUGCUUGUUGCUGAGGUGAGACAGACAAGUCACAAACCAGAUGAAAUCUACGGAGUGAUUGAACGGUUAGCACCCGGAACGCGGAAGAUAGAACUCUUUGGAAGGCAGCACAACGUUCAACCAAACUGGAUAACCUUGGGUAAUCAACUGGACGGUGUUAGACUUUUAGAUCCUGAAGUCACAGCACGCUUCAAAAAACGCUAUCCUGACGGAAACGUACUCAAACCUCCCACCACUAAAGCCUGAUUCCUCUCGAGGUGCUUGACCGUAGACGCCUGUUCCAAUCAAAAUCUGCGCAGCAACUUCGUGAAGUAAAACAUGGUACUCCUCAGUAGCUGCAGAGAAGUUUCAGUCGGAUGAGCCGCUUUCCUAUUGUGAUAACGAUAAGACGCCCGAGAAAGUUACAAUUGAAUCAGUUGGGCCGACAGGAUCGGGUGACACACCUGUCCUGUUUUCUAUUUGUCCACUUGGAACUAGACAGAGUGUAAUCUGUGAAACAGUUUUCUCUGUCUCUUUUAAACCAUGCAGAAGAAGCGUGAACUUAGUUGGAGUCACGUGAAAAAUUGAAUCUCUUUUCUCCCUUGAUGUUUACCUUAGCGUGACCCCAAAGUGGCUUUCGCUUUUUCUGCUUAGCCGAGGGGGAAAGAAGUCUGUUACGGAAGGCAAACAGCGUGAGUGGAUUAGACUGCUCAUGCACCAGCAUUAUUUGAUUCGUUUGUUGUUAUUCUGUAAUCUGUAAACAAAUAGUUUAUUUGUGUUUAGAUUAAUGUGCGUCUUACUCAGAUGACCUUGAAAAUAAAACGGGGCUUAAAGCAAAGAAA